AUGGCCGCCGCGGGGGGCGCGCGGCUGCUGCGCGCCGCGUCCGCGGCUCUAGGCGGCGCGGCCCGUCGUUGGCAGGUCCUCGCCGGACCCCGCGCGGCACCGGGCCGGGGCGGCGGCGCGCGGGGGCUGGCCCGGACGCUGAGCAUGUCGGCGCCGGCGCGGAGCAGCUCAGAAGAUAAAAUAACAGUCCACUUUGUAAACCGUGACGGUGAGACAUUAACAGCCAAAGGAAAAGUUGGUGACUCUCUACUAGAUGUUGUGAUUGAAAAUAACCUAGAUAUUGAUGGUUUUGGUGCAUGUGAGGGAACCUUGGCCUGCUCCACCUGUCACCUCAUCUUUGAAGAGCACAUAUUUGAGAAGUUAGAAGCAGUCACUGAUGAGGAGAAUGACAUGCUCGAUCUGGCGUAUGGACUAACAGAUAGAUCUCGGUUGGGCUGCCAAAUCUAUUUGACAAAGUCUAUGGACAAUAUGACAGUUCGAGUACCUGAUGCUGUGGCCGAUGCCAGACAAGCCGUGGAUGUGGGCAAGAACUCCUAAGCAAGAAUAAAUUGGAAUAUUUUCACAAAA